AUGGCGGGGGCGCCGCGCGGCCGAGGCGGAGGCGGCGGCGGCGGAGGCGGAGGCGGCGGCGCAGGCGAGCCUGGGGGCGCCGAGCGGGCGGCGGGGCCGGGCGGCCGGCGCGGGCUGCGGCCGUGCGGUGAGGAGUUCGCGUGCCCCGAACUGGAGGCGCUGUUCCGCGGCUACACGCUGCGGCUGGAGCAGGCGGCCACGCUGAAGGCGCUGGCCGUGCUCAGCGGGCUGGCGGGCGCUCUGGCGCUGGCGGAGCUGCUGGGCGCGCCGGGGCCCGCGGCCGGCCUGGCCAGGGGCUCGCACCCCGCGCACUGCGUGCUCUUCCUGGCGCUGCUCGUGGUCACCAACGUGCGCUCGCUGCAGGCGCCGCAGCUGCAGCAGGUCGGCCAAUUGGCGCUGCUGUUCAGCCUCACCUUCGCGCUGCUCUGCUGCCCCUUCGCGCUCGGCGGGCCCGCGGGCACCCACGCCGGCGCGGCUUCGGGGACGGCAGCCGCCGACCACGGCGUCUGGCAGCUCCUUUUGGUCACCUUCGUGUCCUAUGCCCUGCUGCCCGUGCGCAGCCUGCUGGCCGUCGGCUUCGGGCUCGUGGUGGCCGCCUCACACUUGCUGGUCACGGCUACCUUGGUGCCCGCCAAGCGCCCGCGUCUCUGGAGGACGCUCGGUGCCAACGCCCUGCUCUUCCUCAGCGUGAACAUGUACGGGGUAUUUGUGCGGGUCCUGGCCGAACGCUCCCAAAGGAAAGCCUUCCUGCAGGCCCGGAACUGCAUCGAGGACCGGCUCAGGCUGGAGGACGAGAACGAGAAGCAGGAGCGGCUGCUUAUGAGUCUUCUGCCCCGGAAUGUUGCCAUGGAGAUGAAGGAGGACUUCCUGAAGCCCCCCGAGAGGAUUUUCCACAAGAUCUACAUCCAGCGGCACGACAAUGUGAGCAUCCUCUUCGCGGACAUCGUGGGCUUCACGGGCCUGGCGUCGCAGUGCACGGCCCAGGAGCUGGUGAAACUCCUGAACGAGCUCUUCGGCAAGUUUGACGAACUGGCUACGGAGAACCACUGCCGCCGCAUCAAGAUCCUUGGGGACUGCUACUACUGUGUGUCGGGCCUCACCCAGCCCAAGACCGACCAUGCCCACUGCUGCGUGGAGAUGGGGCUGGACAUGAUCGACACCAUCACGUCGGUGGCCGAGGCCACGGAGGUGGAUCUGAACAUGCGUGUGGGGCUGCACACCGGCCGGGUCCUCUGCGGGGUCCUCGGCCUGCGCAAGUGGCAGUAUGACGUGUGGUCCAAUGACGUGACGCUGGCCAAUGUCAUGGAGGCUGCUGGCCUGCCUGGGAAGGUCCACAUCACGAAGACGACCCUGGCUUGCUUGAACGGGGACUACGAGGUGGAGCCGGGGCACGGGCACGAGAGGAACAGUUUCCUGAAGGCUCACAACAUCGAGACCUUCUUCAUCGUGCCGUCACACCGGCGGAAGAUAUUUCCAGGGCUGAUCCUGUCCGACAUCAAGCCCGCCAAGAGGAUGAAGUUCAAGACCGUGUGUUACCUGCUGGUGCAGCUCAUGCACUGUCGGAAGAUGUUCAAGGCGGAGAUCCCCUUCUCCAACGUCAUGACCUGCGAGGACGAUGACAAGCGGAGGGCGUUGAGAACCGCGUCGGAGAAACUCAGAAACCGCUCGUCCUUCUCCGCUAACGUCGUGCACACCGCGCCGGGCACGCGGGUCAACAGGUACAUCGGCCGCCUCCUGGAGGCGCGCCAGAUGGAGCUAGAGAUGGCGGACCUGGACUUCUUCACCCUGAAGUACAAGCACGCGGAGCGUGAGCGCAAGUACCACCAGCUGCAGGACGACUACUUCACCUGUGCCGUGGUGCUCGCGCUCGUCCUGGCUGCCGUGUUCGGCCUCGUUUACCUGCUCAUCAUCCCACAGAGCGUGGUUGUCCUGCUGCUGCUGGUGUUCUGCAUCUGCUUCCUGGUGGCCUGUGUCCUGUACCUACACGUCACCCGCGUCCAGUGUUUUCCAGGAUGCCUGACCAUCCAGAUCCGCACCGUCUUGUGUAUUUUCAUCGUGGUCCUAAUCUACUCCGUGGCCCAAGGCUGUGUGGUGGGCUGCCUGCCCUGGGCCUGGAGCUCCAGCCCCAACAGGUCCCUGGUGGUCCUGGCGCCCGGCGGCCGGAACGCCCUGCUGCCCGCUGCGCCCUGCGAGUCGGCCCCCCACGCCCUGCUGUGCGGCCUCGUGGGCACCCUCCCGCUGGCCGUCUUCCUGCGGGUGUCCUCGCUGCCCAAGAUGAUCCUGCUGUUUGUGCUCACGGCGUCCUACAUCCUGGUCCUGGAGCUCAGCGGGUACACCCGGGCCUCGGGGGGUGGUGCGGUGUCUGGGCGCAGCUUCGAGCCGAUCGUGGCCAUCCUGCUGUUCUCCUGCACGCUGGCCCUGCACGCGCGGCAGGUGGACGUCAAGCUGCGGCUGGAUUACCUGUGGGCGGCACAGGCGGAGGAGGAGAGGGACGACAUGGAGAGGGUGAAGCUGGACAACAAGCGGAUCCUCUUCAACCUCCUGCCGGCCCACGUCGCUCAGCACUUCCUCAUGUCCAACCCCCGGAACAUGGACCUGUACUACCAGUCCUACUCGCAGGUGGGCGUCAUGUUUGCCUCCAUCCCCAACUUUGACGACUUCUACAUCGAGCUGGACGGCAACAACAUGGGUGUGGAGUGCCUGCGCCUCCUGAACGAGAUCAUCGCUGACUUUGACGAGCUCAUGGACAAAGACUUUUACAAGGACCUGGAGAAGAUCAAGACCAUCGGGAGCACCUACAUGGCUGCGGUGGGGCUAGUGCCCACGACAGGGUCCAAGGCAAAGAAGUGCAUCUCCUCACAACUCAGCACGCUGGCCGACUUCGCCAUUGAGAUGUUUGAUGUCCUGGACGAGAUCAACUACCAGUCUUACAAUGACUUUGUGCUCCGCGUCGGCAUCAACGUUGGCCCCGUGGUGGCCGGGGUGAUCGGGGCUCGAAGGCCGCAGUAUGACAUUUGGGGAAACACGGUCAAUGUGGCCAGUCGGAUGGACAGCACCGGUGUCCAGGGCAGAAUCCAGGUGACCGAGGAGGUUCACCGGCUGCUGCGAAAGGGCACCUACCGCUUCGUGUGCCGUGGGAAGCACAAACCUGCAUGGAUUUUGAAACAAGCGAACCAUACCUCGCCACAGAGAAAGCCCCCUGCAGAGAAGGCUGUACCCCGGACGUGGGAUUUCGGAGUGAGUUUGGGGGACACCUGCAGGGAGAGGGCUGCAGGGGACUCUGGGGAGGCCUGGGGGUCUCCCACGUGCACAGGUGCUGACGCGUGGGAUGUGUUGCUAGGGGCGCUGGGUGGCAGCUCCGACUGUAGGAGGAAGGCAGCUUGGCACCGGCGGGCAGGGGCUGGGCUUACUCUGGCUGAGCCCCUGUGCAUGUCCCCGGGCUGUUCCUGUGGUGGACCCGCGAGGCGUGAUGUCCUUCAUGAGGCCUCAGCCCUGCCCGGCUGUGGGGCAGUAUGGUCGGCUGCCGGGCCGUGCGUGGAUAGCCAGCGAUGCGGGACUCAGGACGGAGAUGGGUGGGUGGACGGCCUCCCUCCUGAGAAGCAGCUCUGUGCGGGGCCACCGAAGGCCAUUGCUACCAUCACUACUGAGAAGGACUCUGUGGCCCAGCCGUCCCCACUCAGCCUUUAGAGAGACAUGGCAUGAUUCCUUCAGGGGAACCCGAGUCAUCUUGGGAGUCCCAUGAGCAUGUGGCCCAUGUGGUGUGCCCGUCUGUGCCAGGCUGCGGGACUGAGGACCUGGCCAGGGACCUGGAGCCUGCCUGCCGGUGGAUGCCAGGCUUCCACCAGGGCAGUCUGGGGGGCAGUGGAUUACACUGAGGUCCUGACCCCAUGCUUGAUUGCAUGGCAGAGGGACUUCACAGACAGAACUGAAGGUUGGGGUUAGGCCAGGGGCAGGAUCCUGAGCUCUCUGGGUGGGCCGCCUGCCUCCUCGAAGUGGACUCAGAGGCAGGGUGGUCAGGAUGGCCCAAGGAUGAGGUUGCUGUUUAAAGAUGCAGGGAUCCAGCCAUCAGCCAUUGGGGAGAGGAGCUGGCUGCCCCUGCAGAGACACGCCGUGGACUCCUUGUCCACCCAAGUGACCUGGGGUCAGGUGGACGCCACCGAGAGUCUCCGUGGCCCCCAGCCCUGCUGGUCCCAGACCGGGGGUCCACAGGACCAGGAGCUCUGGAGCCCUGCCUUGUGCGUGGCCGCGGCGGGAGGCCGUGGGACCACCCACGGCGCCAAGGCCCAGCUCCCAGGAGCGUGCGACACGUCGGUCAUCAGCAGUCCAGACUCUACCGUUCCCGAGGGCGCGAGAGCCACCGCAGUGACCCUCGGAGGCGGGUGCACGAUGUCUUCCUCUUUAUUUGUGAUGAGACUUUAUGAUCUUGCCUUAUUUAUUUUUAAUCUCGUACAGUAUUCAUGGGCAAACGUUAGCCUUUCAAGUAGGGUUCUCUCUAAAUUAUUUAAGACACUCUGUAAAUAGUGCACUGUUUCAGGGGACACCUGUUCACUCCCACCAAAAAUGAGAACAGCCCCCCAACUCCUGUGCGCAUGGCACUCUUUAUCCAGAUGUGUGACUCCUAAGGCACCACGCCCCUGCUUGGGGGCGCCUCAGCACUAUAGGGGGACCCGCGUGUCCCUCGUGCACCACUUAUGCCCAACCUCAGUAGUGCAGAAGGCAGCACCAAACUUCCAGGCGCUUCCACGGACCGCUGGGCCUGGGGGAUCCGCUGCACGGUGCAUGUAAGCUACAGCGUGGAGCACCCCCCCCCACCACCACACCAGGCCCUCCCAGGCUGCACGUUAGUCAGACCCCAGAGCCACAGCGCUUCCAGACACUUCCUGUCUCCAGAGGCAAUAACUAACCUGUGGAGACAAGGCCAGUCCAAAGCCAAUGGUGAUUCCAGCACAAGCCAUGCACACAAGUUUGCCCACAUUCAACCACGCCAUGGGGCGGGGGGGCGACACCCCUGUGGCCGCCCAGCCCCUCCUGCAGACUCCGCUCAGGCCCCGAGUUCUGUGGGGUUUGUUGUCGGUGUCCCAGGCACAGGGAGCGGAGGGCCAGCCUCAGCCCUGUCAGUGAAGUCACCCUCGGGGCGAAUGCAGGUCUGUGCACACCUGCGACCCUUCUAACCCAUCUCAGCGUGCGCACUGGGUGCAGUGAGCCUCCGGGCUGGGACACCCGUCCUGCCUGAUGAGCCUGCUCUGUGUGUUGGGUCUGGGCCCCGACGGGAUCCAGAUGAUACGAAUGCCUGCUCCAGUCCCAUCAGCACCCAGAAGUAGUGUGAACCCCUCCUUGGUCCUGCUUCUGAAGAAGGAAGGGUCCUAUGGGCCUCACGCUUGUGUGCCCCGGACAGGUGGACCUGGCUUCAUUUCAGCAUGUGUUCCCGGGAUUCCCCAAGUCUGGGGUCCUGCGGGCCCCUCCCUGUGUGGCCGUCUCCGCCCAUGACAUGCAUGCGCAGCCCACGAGGCAGGGGCUCCCUAAGUGUGCACCUGCCACUGCGUGGGAGCCGGACAUUGGGGGUGGGGGGGCGCCCAGCCACGUGGGAGCCGGGUCUCCGAGAUGGGGGGCGCCCUGCAGUGUGGGAGUCGGGUCUCGGGGGUUGGGGGCACCCCGCUGCACACCAAGCAGCUCUCUGACUCAGCGGGUCACAGAGCACUGACAACACUUGUAAUUCUGAAGCAUACGGGCCUAUUGGGUCCAUAGAAAGUCGCCCCUGGAAACCGACAUGACCUGAUUUUGUAGCGGCUUCAGUUUUAAAAACAACAAAACUUAAAAAGCAACAAAUCAACCUCCUUACAGGAAGUUGGUUUCAAAAUGUUUGGUUUGGGGGAUGACUAAGGGGCGGGGAGUGGCCGGCUGGAAGCCGGAGGGCACAGCUGCGCCCCUGCACCGGCGUCAUGUCCCCCCCCCACCCCCGCAGUGUGCUUGGAAAGCGGGGUGGGGAGUUGGAGCCCCAGCACUCUCCGAGGGGAUGCGGAGACCAGGUGGGGAUGCGACCUCUUCUCACAGUAUCUGGGUUUGCAUUUCCGCCCGUGAGUCUUAGACUGGGCUGGGUUGAAGUCUGGUUCAGGGAUUGGGUUGCUAGGGGUGGCCUGAGGACUCCCCCACCCCCCCGCCGGAGGGCGGGGUGGGGAUGAGGUAGAUGGUCAGGAAGGCUGUUUGGCUCAGCCUGAGGAAGAAACUCCAGCUGUGAAUUUUGUCAGAUGGACUGAGGCGGUGGGGGGUUGGCGCUGACAGGCAGCCGCCCGGGACGUGAGACAGAGUCCCUGAUUCUGGGUGGUGGGUAGCGAGGAGCCAAAGGCAGUCCCUGUGCCCGGAGAUGGUGUGGGCCCCACAACUGUGAAUGUAGGGGUGCAGGGGUGGGUGUGCAGGGGUGCCAGAGUGGGAGGGACGGCCUGCUGUGGCCAGGAGCAUGAGGCAGGGCCCCUUAGCUCCUCCCUGUGCCCAGGGCCAGACUCCACACCCUCAGGGCGCUCCCGGGGACACCCCGGCUCCAGACACCAGCUCCUGUGUGCGCACACUGGAAGCCGGUCCUGGGAUGCUGGGGCGCGUGGUCACCUCCAUGUCCAGUUCAGCGAAGUAAGCCUGAUUUCAGAGGCCACGUUUCGGGACUAGACCUCCCUAAACAACGUCAUGGUAAUGACUCAUACAUUUGCAUUUCUUAAAUUUCCCUGAAAAUUGUCAUCUAUCUACUCCCUGUCAGAUCUGCUCAUGGAGAGAAACAGUAACUCUUCUGCUGGAGCCAUGCUGCAAUCACAUCUGUGUGCAUGUGUGCACACGUGUGAACGUGUGCACGCAUGUUUGCGAGCAUGUGAUUGUACACGUGCAUGCAUGUGCAUGUGCACAUGUGUGUACGCGUGCUUGCAUGCUUGUGUGAUUGUACAGUGCGUGUAUGUGUGUAUGUGUGCACACGUGUGUGUGUGCACAUGUGGGUGUGUGCAUGCAUGAGUAUAUGCCACACCUGGCAGGGGAGGGUGUUCUAGACACAACUCUUUCUCCCUUUAUGAAAUCCAUGCAUUCCUUCCUACACCGGAUUGUGUAGGUUCCAUGCUAAAGCCGCAGGAGAGGCCAGUAGUCAUUGGCGCGUGUAGUGAAAAUCUCUCUCUUCUGGAAUUCUCCAUGUGGCCACAAACUAAGGGAACCUCCAUGACCAAGACCCACAUCUACUUGGUAGCCCCAGAGCACCUUCUCCACCUGUCACCCAUUGGUCGCUUACGGCCCCCAUGGUGUCGUGAGGAAUCUGGGGCUCAGAGAGGUUAUUGACUUGAGCAAAGUCACACAGCACUAGUCGCAGGACCGAGACCCAUGCCAGCCUGUCCGAAGCCCUUGGUUUUCCGUCCUACUCAGUGGCUCUUUGCUGACACCGUACUGGGUUUGAUGGAACCCCCCGGCUGGUCUUCACCGAAGUGCCCACUGUGGUGGGGACCCUGGCAGGCUGGUUUGGAGUGUUGGCCCCACUGCUUGCUCCCGGGUGCGCCCUGGGGAGCUCAGAACGCUGUCCUCACCGGUGGACCCCCCAAGGACACUCAGAGCUAGCAUGAGAAGUCCCACCUUGUGUCGCUUUCUAUCCUAAAUCCUAAAUCUGUGUCAUGCCCACAGCCUAUCCUGUCUGAGAACACACAGGCCCUCCUUCAGCAGGAAGGAUGGUUGCCCAUGUCUUUCUGCACGGCCUCUCUGGCAUCAAACAGGGGAAGGGGGCCCCAGAAGCUCCCAAACCACACACGCCUACUCACGUGCAUGAAGCCAGGUGGCCCCCAAGUGCUGGUCCGCAAGCACCUGAGCCCUGGGAGGCCAUGGGUCAAGCUGGCCGUCUCUGCUCUGUCUCCCCUGGUGGUCGAGCUAUCCAGCGUCUCAUGCCACAGGCACGAGGUGGGUGGUCAGCGCCCCUUCCUGCGGGUCGGAUGGCCAUGGUCAGGUUUCCUGGAGAAUGUGUGGAAGGCAAGACGGGGGUCGCGGAGGCUAGUAGGAAACGGGGCUCCUCGGCUCCGACUGCUUUGACUCUGGGCAGCUCAGAGUCGGUUCAGAAGCUCGAUGUGCAAACAGCUCACAUCCCGCCCUGAGAGCUGAUGUUUAAACAGAGGUUGUCCUAGACUAACGCGCGAGAUUGCUGGGCAACUCCGGGGCUCCCUGAACGUGUGUGGGGGUGUGUGCAGGAACAACCACGCAGAGCGCCACGUCUCUGGGCUCGCGCUCCCCACGGCGCGGGCUUCGGGCCCACCAGCAGCCAGAACUGUUUCUUGCCUCCCACCAGCAGCACCCCCAAGCCCCGCGGGCCCAGAAGCACACAUCUCCGGGGACUGGCCCCCAGUUGUGGGAAUCCCGAGGAAGCCUGCCACCACCUCUUGCACACAUGGGAGCACCCGCACUCCCAAGUGCCCGUCCCAGAGGGGCACGCGGGCUUGCCUUCCCCCUGUACAAACUGGGCUCGCACGCAUGUGCACCCCGAAUUGCAUGCCCUGAGAUCCCCACGUGUGUGAGACCCACUUUGAACUCGGAAACACGCAGCAUGCGCGGAGGGACGGGCCCGCCUUGGGCCAUCUGCCGGCUGGCCGCAGAGCGUCCCCGCGACCCAACGCAGCCUGGGGCUCCAACCCGUGUGGUGGUGUCUGCACUGGCCACACAGCGUCUCCCAGCCCAGAGGCCCCCGCCCCCGCCCCGGCCGCACAAUUGCAUACCAUCUUGCACAAAGAAGGUGACAUAUCGAUCACAAACACCUUAAAGUAGCUUGAUUCUCACCGAAGGUCAACCCAUGGCCCACCCCGGAUUUUCUUGCCUCGCCGAGAAAGCCUGUAUUCGCCCCUGCACCCUUCCUGUCCAGCUGGGGGAUGGCCGCGCCACUCGGUGGAAUGCAGGGGCGGGGGGUGGGCAGGGGGACACGCUCGCCGCCUGCGGAGCUCGCUCGAGAAUGGUUCUGUAGACCCAGAACCCUGGGACGGGGUCAGAACGACGGCAGCUCACGGUCACCAGGUAGCUUCUGUCAAUAGAUUUGUAUAAUCAAUACGGGUCUAUUUUUACGCCAGCCCACACUGUACCUUCCAGUCUUUUCCAAGAUUGUUCGACCGAGACAAGUCACUGAAUAAUGGGUCCUAUUUUUAUUAAAAAACCAGUGAAUGGACUGAAAUGUUAACGUGAAUGUACAUUUCUUAAUUGCGACUUUUCUACUGAGUGUUUGCACUAUACUUUCUGGAACCUUAUUUAACAAAAAUAAAGGAAAAAAAUUGCUUGACUAAA